AAAAUGCCUCAUUUAAUUGAUAUUUAUUCUAAUUUGUUUUCCGUUUAUUUUUAUUUACCAAAGUGGUUAGAUGUUCCUGAUUCUGUGUUAAAGACUGUGAUUAUUAUUGCUAACGAGCAUUUAGAGGAUGAUGUUCAUAGUUUUGAGAGAGUCGAGUGUUUAAAUGGUUUCAAAAUUAUUAUGAAAAUUUCUAGUAAAUUUCGCUUUUUUUUGGAUUCUAUUGAUAUGAUGUUAUUCAUAAGAGGUGAAUUUCUUCCUGUGUUCGAUUUUCUCCAUGAUGACAUGAUAAUUCAACUACCUUUGGAUAGUGAAGAUUAUUUGUUCAUCAUUGAAAAUUAUGAUGGUAUAGAAAAGGUUUACUUGGAAGUGCCUAUGAUUUUAGACGAUAAGUAUCAAUUUGAAAGUUUUGAGGAUAAUACUUAUCGGUUAAUCUUCAAAAUUUGAAUCGUAAACAAAGAAAGUACAUUUCCGGAUUAGAUCAAUUGUAACGCCAUCUAUUGAUGUUGUCGAAAGAAUUCCGGAAAUGUGAUCAGUUUCUCUUUGUUUCUAAUUGUGUAUAAUUCAUCAAUUCUAUUUUCUUUUAUUAUUUUAAGUUUAAUUAAUUAAUUUCAUUUAUUUGGUGUAUUUUAAUAAUGGAUUCUCUUCAAAAUUUAAAAGUUAAAAUUCGACCAUCAAUUAUUUAAUCGUAUUGGAUAUUGAAGCCUCGGUUGAGGAACCAGAUUGCCAACAUUAACUUGUUCUUUGAGCGUUUGAAAGAGGAUACACUUCUCUUUGCUCUUAUUGCUGUUCCUUCUUUGGUUACCAUCGAGGGUGAUGGAGUUAGAAUUAACCUUUAUCGAGCUUCAGUCCCUCGCUUACAUGAACUGUUAACGAGUAGAAGUUAUAUUGACUUGCCUAUCCAGCGUGAACCAGUUGAUAAUUUAGAAGUGUUUUUCUACAGGCCAGAAACCGAUCUUGAUUCGACAGAUAAACAAAUAUGUGAUCUUCUCGCCGACUCAUUUGGAUACCCAAUUGAAAGUUUUAGUUAUAAGGAGAGUCUAAUGUAUGGUCAUAGGACUUUAAUCAUUUCCAUCGUAUCAAGAGAGGUAAUGAUGGAUCUUUUAAAAUCAAAGAUGAAAGGUAGUUUAUAUGAGAAAGACCUUUAUCUAUUCAAUCAUUUCGACACUUAUCAUUGUUGGACUUGUAAGGGACGAUUUUCUAUUGGUCAUGAUUGUGGUACCGUGAGAUUGUGUUAUCUAUGUGGAAAUCCAGGUCAUAUUGGAAAUUGUCCAAGAGCUCCAAUAAAUAUCAGGUGUACAACUUGUGGUUUACUUCAUGAACGAGGGUCCUCUGGUUGUCCCUUACUGAUGAAAAAGGUCGUUCGGAAAUUAGCCAACACUGAUUAUACCUUUAAUGAGGUAUAUGUUGACUUACAAACAUAUUAUGUCAUUUUGGUUAACAUAAUGGAAAUUUGGCAUUUCAGUGAUCUCGAAUUGGUUCUCAAACAGAUAUUCCAUCAGCCUCAUUUGGUUAAAGAAGUUCGAUUUAUUAAUUCUUAUUGCCACUUUACAAAGUUGGUCAUCCAGUCUAAUGAAGAAGUCACUGGUUUGAAACAACGGGAGAUAAUUCAUAUCACCCUUAAGGAUAAUAAAUAUUUCAUGUUUCAUAAUCGAUAUAAUAACUUUAUCGUUGUAAUAGAUCAUAAUUAACCGUAUUUUUAAAAGACUUAAUGUUAGUUCUUAAAUAAAAUAAUC